UCAAUAAUGAGUAGCAAAGUUAAUGUAAUUGAUUUCUUAAUAUAAAUUUACUGUUAUGAUUACAGUUAUUUUAUCAAUUUUGGAUAGCAGCCCUUAAUGGGUUAAUUGUUCAAAAGCUUUGAUUUUAAACUUUUGUUCAUUUGUAUGACGAUUAAUUGAAUGCGCGCUCUCUAGGUUAAAAUAUAUUACUCUUAUCUCACAUAGUUCUCUAAAAAUUAAAAUAUACAUUUUGUCUGAUUCUCAAUUUAAUUUGAUAGUUUUUUCUGAGUAUUCGGUUGAUUGUAAUUAGUUGCUUGUUACCAACGAAACUUGUCGGGAUAAUUUUUUUUAUUGUUAGGGUUUCUUUAAAUUUCAAUAAAAUCAAUCCUUUUUUAUAAAACGAAGAAAAGCUGCAAUGUUUACAGAGAUACAGAUCCCAGUACCAUGGGGUCACAUAUCCGGACUUUGGUAUGGCGAUCAGUCGAUCCAACCGCUCAUCGCGUUACAUGGUUGGCUUGAUAACUCUGGUACCUUUGCUAAAUUGGCGCCGCUGCUCGUCGAAGCAGCCGGCAGUGUGCUCUGCAUUGAUUUACCUGGACAUGGUCACUCUUCGCAUCUACCUGCUGGAAUAAUAUAUCAUAGCUUUGAAUUUGUACGCGUACUAAUACGUUUAAUGAAGGCAUAUAAUUGGUCUAAAAUAUCACUGAUGGGCCACUCUAUGGGUGGCGCCGUCGCUUUUUACUUUGCUUCCCUAUAUCCAAGCAAAGUCGAUGUGCUAAUCAGCAUUGAUGUGGUCGUAAGACGUUUUAUCAAACCAGAUUUAACUGUAGAGAUGAUACGCUACUUAAUGAUCAAGGCAUUACGCGACAAUCAACGCCUCGUCGAUGAAACAGCAUCCGAUGAACCACCAAGCUAUACGUUUGCUGAAUGUGAGCGUUUGCUUUACGAGGGUUCUGGCCAUUCGAUAUUUCCGGAAAACUGUAAAUACAUUUUAGAGCGUAACAUAAGUAAAUCACGAAAAUUUUCCGAUAGAUAUUACUUUUCACGCGACACACGCCUCAAGCACUUAUUCGAUAUGCAUGCCCAGGAGCCGUUCGCCAAAGCCAUGGUUAUGCGUAUUUGUGCGGCAAAGCUGCCUCAUAUGAUCUUAAGGGGUGGUGCUUCAAGCAAUAUUGGUUCGGACACAAUGAAGUUAAUAGGUUUGCUGAGUGAGCAUAAUCCGAACUUCGAAACACAUCUAAUUGCUGACGGCUUACAUCAUUUCCAUCUGAACCAGCCUGAACUUGUUGCGAAAUUGAUCAUACCGUUUUUGAAGCGGUAUCGUCCACUACCGCUCGGCAAUGGAGCACAGUCGAAUAUUGGCAGUGAGCUGCGGCCAAAGGCUAAAAUGUAAACUUGAAUUCGCGGCUUUUAGUUUAAUUUAUAUUUAAAGUUUGUAGUUCAGAUAUUAAAACAUCUAUUAAAUUUGUUUAAUGUUUGUUGUAGCUCAUACACUGUUGAGAAAAAGUAUACGUCACAUUCGGGAUCUGUAAUUAAA